CUAUUGAGACUGCACAAAGAAUAUUAAAUAAAUAUUAUAAACACACCCUUAGCAAUUACUCUCAUCAAUCUAAAAACUUUGUUAAGGGUUUAAUAGAACACUUUGGUUGUUUCACUGAUAGCAACAAUGAACUAUAUAUCACUGUGAAUACUGCAUCUACAGACACAUCACAUAAAAUUAGGCCGAUU